CUUCAUCCUUAUUCCGCACGCUGUAUAAUCGGAGGCUAAUCAGCUAAUGAAUUCUCUCUCCUCCUCGCGCUUCCGUCGGUAGACAUCGGAAAGAUGGCAUCAUCUCAAAGUAAUGCUCACUCGGAAGCAGCAAAGAUGGAACAAAUAAUCACUGCGUUCUUCGCCAAAAGUCUUCACAUAAUUCUUGAAUCAAGGGCACUUUAUGGGUCAUCGCGCAACUCCAGCAGUGAUCCAACCGGGACAUCUCCAUCUUCAUCAUCUUCAUCGUCAUCGCCUAGUGUUCGACUGAGGGAUAAAUGGUUCAAUUUGGCGCUCCGCGAAUGCCCGGCCGCUUUAGAGAAUAAUCUAGAGCCUAUAGUGGUGGAUGUGAUUUUAAUGCAGAAGCCCCUACAGUGGAACCCCGUGAGUCUUUCCCCAGAAAAUGAUCUCCGACGGAGUUCUUCCCCGAAAGAAAGAUGGAAUGCUGAUCAGGAAGAAUUGGGGGUUGAGGCGAAGAGUGAAAAGAUUGUAGAGAGAUGGGUGCUUCAGUAUGAGAGCAGAAAGGCCAGAGAGUCAAAUUCAAGCAGUAGGAGGUCAAGCAGCAUUUCGCUGCAUAGCUUGUAUAAGAAAUUAACGUUACUUUUAAGGUCUCUGUAUGCUAGUGUUAGGCUUCUUCCCGCUCACAAGAUUUUCCGAGACCUUAAUUCAUCGGGACAAGUUCGCACUUUUACCCUUUUUCAUCGAGUAUCUUCUUUUGCUGAGCCUUUCAACCGUAAAGAAGAGGCUGAAAUGCUGAAAUUUGGAUUCACUCCUGUUGAUACCUCUUGUGGUCGGCUCUGCCUGUCAGUUGAGUAUCGCCCAUCCGUCCCAGACGUAAGCUCAGAACCAUCAACUCCGAUAUCUCCACGAGUUAUAACUGAUUAUGUUGGGAGUCCAUUGGCGGAUCCAUUGAGGAGGUUUCCAUCACUCCCUGUGACGGGAUUGCCAUCGCAUGGCUCUCCAUCUUCAUUGCCAUUCUCAAGGCGGCAUAGUUGGAGUUUUGACCGUUGUAGAGCCUCACCACCUUCUAUAGGUUCCUCACCUUCGCCAACACAUUCAGAACCACGCACUUCUGUUCCUAAUAUAAAUUCUCGCCGUUUUCCACCCUCAAGUUUGCCUCCUCAUCCGCCCGAGAUGCCUCUUCAGAAAAAUAAAACUUUUGACGAGUAUUAUCCCUCGCCAAUGAUGUCCCCAUCUCCCUCCCCAUCACCUCCAAUCUAUAGUCUUGGAUCAUUACGUCCUGAAAGUGCUCCAGUCAAUAUUCCCACUGCUAAUGUUACCGAUUGCCCUGAAAAUGCCCAUGGACAUGACUUGCUUCGAUCUCCGUCUAAGACAGGUAGAGGUUUCAACAUGAUACAAUAUGGGGCAACAGCUGAGAAGAUUUCAUUUUCCAGGAGCUCCAGUAGGUCUUGCCAGGAUGAUAAUGAGGACCCUGAUUUCACUUGUCCUUUUGAUUGGGAUGAUGUUGAUAUGAUAGAUCCAAGUAGCAGACCGGAAUCUUUUGAUCGUGGUCAUAUGGGGGAGGUGCCCGAAACUGGAGGAUUAUAUCCUAUAAGAAAGUCCCAGGAUGCUGCGGUUGGUGCCCUUGUACGUACGCUGAGAAACGCACCACCUUUGCGUCAAGACUCCCGCACUUUAGAAGAGUUCUCUCAAGGUGCGAGGCCUCAAACAUAUAGCAUAAAAACUAGAGAGGACAAUCAGAUCCUAGAUUCGCCAACUUCGGCGAGCAUGAUAUCUUCUGGGUCCUUAACUAGGAAAACAACAGCCGAGGCAUUGGAAGAGUUCCAAGGUUACAGAGAGAUGAAAAACUCGUUGCUUAUUCGAGAUAGCAAGCCCUAUAGUUAAAUUAUACUAAUGCAGAGUGAGAGCUGGCAGAAGCACAGUACUGUUCUGUUGAUUCUGUAAAAUACGUACUGUUUUUCCCCCCUUUUGCCCCGAGCUGGGAACACCAGCUGAAGGAUCUGUCAUUCCUUUUGUAAAUAAACGUGACUAGGUCCACGACUCCAUAGUUUUGAUGGAAUGACCAGGUUUAGCUUGUCUGGCAUUGUCUUAUCCUGUGUAAAUAACUAUAUUCUGUAAAUGGCUACUCAAUGCAUAUAAUGAGGCAGAACAGCUUAAUUUUAGGACUGCUGAGCGCCCCACGUUUUCCAUAUAAA